UUAACAUCCAUACUUUAAGCUAGCAGUACCAAUAAGAUAACUUUAUGGGUCUGUUGCUAUAUUUCCACUUUUCUCACAUGUGAACAAGGCCUUGAAUAAAAAAUGCACACAAUAGGACCGAAUGCACAGUGCCACCAUCAACCCCUUGCUGCUCCAGUCCAGGGGCGGACUGACCAUUUGGAAACUCGGGCACUGCCCGAGGGCCCGGGAUGCCCCUGCUACAUUUUUCACAUUUUUUGAGUUUGGGCAAGGACACAGGGGCUCCAUGAUCCCCUAUUGCCCGGGG